GUCGUUCCAUUUACUGGCAGCUUAGGCAUAAUUGAAUGGAUAAAUGAUACUAAACCAUUACGAUCAUUCAUUGAAAAAGAACUUUCCGAUGCUUCAGACAUUGAUAAUACUCAAAAUGAACAUAUGAAUUGGGUGAAUAAAUAUAAUGGAUAUCCUAAUGUUAUGAAAAAAGCUCCAAGGGAUGAUAUUAUUAAACACUUGAAGGCUUUACAUAGCAUGAUAAAUAGAGACCUUUUAAAAACUGCAUUGCAUAAGCUUUCUGCGUCACCUUUAGCGAUUCGUAAUGAAUUUGUUAAAAACCUAGCUGCAAUAAAUAUCUGUGGUUAUUUAAUUG